GUUUCGGAUCUUCAUGAACCAGUGUUUUGAAAGCGCCCAUCGCUGCAUUAAUGCUGCUUGUAUUUGAAACCAAACCGGUUCCGGUUGUAGAACGUCUAUUAGAAAAUAGAAUGAAUUAAAACUGACUAACGGAUAUUCUGCGAAAUAAACUUGGUCGAUAAAGAUGGAGCAGCAUGAAAGCAACCAGACCACACAGGCACCAGAUGUGAAGACAAAAACCUGCCAGUCGUCACCUAGACAAGAGCAGACGAAUGAAAGAGAGUAUCAGAAUGAACUGAAAGAAGAUUCUGUCACUUGCCAUGAAUGUGGGAUGCUUUUCUUUGAGCAAGCAAGUCUUGAGGAGCACAUGAGCAUUCACACUGAAGAGAAACUUUUCAUUUGCCCUCAAUGUGGAAAGAGUUUUACAGUGAAACAAAAGUUUGAGGCUCAUUUAAGAAUUCACACUGGAGAGAAACCUUUCACCUGCCCUCAGUGUGGAAAGAGUUUCACGCAACAAGGUCAGCUUAACAUUCACAUGAGAAGUCACACUGGAGAGAAACCUUUUAUCUGCCCUCAAUGCGAUAAGAGUUUCACGUCAAAACAAAGCCUUAAAAGUCACAUGAGAAUUCACACUGGAGAGAAACCUUUUACCUGUCCUCAGUGUGGAGUGAGCUUCACGCAACAAGGAUACCUUAAACGUCACAUAAAAACUCACACUGGCGAGAAGCCUUUCACCUGCCCUCAAUGUGGAAAGAGUUACAAAGUCAAAGCAAGCCUUGAGAGUCACAUGAGAGUUCACACUGGUGAGACACCGUUCAUCUGUCCUCAGUGUGGAAAGGGUUUCACAGCAAAACAGUGUCUUAAAAGUCACAUGAGCAUUCAUAUUGGAGAGAAACCUUUCACAUGCUCUAUCUGUGGGAUGAGCUUCACACAACAACAAAGUCUUAAACGUCACAUGUGGACUCACACUGGAGAGAAGCCUUUCAUUUGCCCUGAAUGUGGAAAGAGCUUUACAGUGAGGCAAAGCCUUGAGAGUCACAUGAGAAUUCACACCGGAGAGAGACCUUACACCUGCUCUGAGUGUGGAAAGAGUUGCACUGUAAAACAGAACCUUGAGAGUCACAUGAGAGUUCACACUGGAGUGAAGCCUUUCUCCUGCCCUCAGUGUGGAAAGAGAUUCACAGUCAAACAAAGCCUCGAGAGCCACAUGACCACUCACACUGGAGAAAAACCUUUCACCUGCUCCGAGUGUGGAAAGAGUUUCACAAUGAAGCAAAAGCUUGAGAGGCACAUGAAGAUUCACACUGAAGAGAAGCUUUACAUCUGCCCUCUAUGUGGGAACAGUUUCACGAUGAAAACCAACCUUGAGAGACACAUGAAAAUUCACACUGAAGAGAAGCCUUUCACCUGCUUUGUGUGUGGAAAGAGUUUUAGAAUAAAGCAAAAUCUUGAGAGUCACAUGAGAGUUCACACUGGGCUGAAGCCCUUCAUCUGCUGUGAAUGUGGAAAAAGUUUCACUGUGAAACAAAGUCUUGAGAGUCACAUGAAACUUCACAAUGAAGCGACGGCUUUCACCUGUUCCGAGUGUGGAAAGAGUUUCACAGUGAGACAAAACCUUGAGAAUCACAUGAGAAUUCACACUGGUGAGAAACCUUUCACCUGCCCUCAGUGCGGAAGGAGCUUCACGCAACACGUACACCUUAAACGUCACAUGAGAAUUCAUGCUGGAGAGAUGCAUUUCGACAGAGUUGGGGAAUCUCCUCUGCUGUCACCCGUGUACAGCAUCAAUCCAGAUGAAGUGAUGGCAGUCAUAGCGUACCAAGACACCCACCAGCUAUCGGAGGAGACUGAUGUAGUCAAUGGGACAAUUUGGUUAGGAUGCCAUGUUAACACUCCUACUCUUAAUGAGUAAGUGUUUCUAUUGUUCGUAAUAAUGAGCUGUGGUGUAUACCCUUAUUUGUAUAUUUGCACAGUUAUUCCACAUAUUUUGUAUGAUCUUUAUACCUUAUUUGUUAACAAUAAUAAUGUUUUUCUAAUCAUGUAUAAUUUAAUGUACAAACAAUAACAUUUAAAGGGGUAGCUCACCCAAAAAUGAAAUUUUGCUGUUAAUUUACUCACCCUCAAGCCAUGCAAGAUGUAGCUGACUGUUUUUCCAUUGCCCUUGGCGAUUCAUAUACUGCAUGUCUAUGGCUGCCAGUAUUUGAGCAUCAAAUCCCGUGGCUCCUUAUGAUACACUGAGGUCUUAUGAAGUGAAAUGAUUGGUCUGUGCAAGAAAAUGAACAUUUUUUCCAACAUUAUUACCUUUAAUCCACAGCCUGGGCAAACGGCAAAUUUUAAUUUUUGGGUGAACUAUCCCUUUACAUUUGAAUAAUAGCGGAACUGUAUCAGAUAGAAAGAAUAACUUCAUUCAUUUCUGCAUGCUCAAGAUAAGAAGUGUUUUUAUGACCACAUACACUGUAAAGCAGAACAUUCUUGUUAUAAGAACAUGUAUAUGUUUCUGUUUACAUACAGUCAGAGCUUUGACCAACACAUAUCUAUGGUUAUUCAAUAAAUUGCUCAUUUCUAAUCACUUUAUUUCCUGGCUCAUGCUCUUCUCCUGCUACAGAAGAGUUAACUUGACAAUACAUUUGAAUAAUUUUGAAUG